AUGAUGGUUAUCGAUUCAAGUUCAUCACCAGCUCGGCUUGCGCCAGUACAUUAUGAUACAAAGUCCAUCGAGAAGCUCGGAAUUAUUGAUCAAUCCAGCGCAAUCGUUGCUUCAACACUGGAUACUCUCAAUUCGGCCUUCCAAGAAGUCAACCUCAGCAUUCACUCCCAUCCUGAAACCGCAUACCAAGAAGUCUUUGCACACGAAAAACUGACCGACUUCCUUGAACACCAUGGUUUCGAAGUCAAACGUCACGCAUGGGGGCUUGACACAGCCUUUGAAGCAACAUUUGGCUCCGGGGGCCGUCAAGUUGUCUUUUGCGCCGAGUACGAUGCACUCCCAGGAAUUGGCCAUGGUUGUGGCCAUAACCUGAUUGCUACAUCCUCUCUUGCGGCCUUUGUCAGCGCGGCUCGUGCUUUGCAGAUGACCAAGCUUCCUGGACGCUUGCGUAUCAUUGGAACACCUGCUGAAGAAGGUGGAGGUGGUAAAAUCAAGCUUCUGGAGGCUGGUGCCUUUGAUCCUCCUCAGGAUAUAGCAGCAGCUCUUAUGUCGCACCCAACAACCUCAGGACCGAGCUCUGAUGGCCUGGUGUAUGAUGGGAUAGCUGGCACCAAGAGUAUCGCGGCAUACAAGACGAAGGUCAUCUUCAAGGGCCGAGCAUCGCAUGCAGGCGCAGAACCAUGGAAUGGAAUCAACGCAUUAGACGCUGCUGUUGGUGCAUACGUCAAUGUUUCCAUGUUGCGACAACAAAUCAGACCAGAUGAGAGAGUUCACGGUGUAUUCGAAGACGGUGGCACAGUUCCCAAUAUCAUACCCCAGUACACUCGAAUGAACUGGUGUAUUCGCAGUCCUACGUUGGCUGGGUGUGAGAACCUCGUCAAGCGAGUGCAUGCCUGCUUUGAGGCUGGAGCUGCUGCGGCGAAUUGCAAGGUCGAAUAUGAGACAGCACCAUUAUACAGUGACCUUCGAGUCAACAACACCCUUUCAGACACUUACGUCGAGGAAAUGGCCAAAUUAGGACUGAAGAUAAAGCCAGAGGAGAAUGUACCUGCUUCGACGGACAUGGGUAAUGUUUCGUACCACGUUCCGGGCUUCCACGGUGGCUUCGCUAUUCCAACGGCCUCAGACGUGUCCAUUCACCAUCCAGACUUUACUACAUGUGCUGGGAAGGAGGGAGCUCACAAAGCAGCCAUGAACUGUGCCAGAGGGCUUGCAAUGACAACAAUUCGGGUGCUGGCAGAUGAGGGACUGUCACAACGCGUUAGGAAUGACUUUGAAAGAGGUGUAUAGAGGAAUUGCGACAUUGAAACAUUCUAGAUAUGCUUAACAUGAGAUUACAUAAUCACA